UAUUUAUUUUAAUAUUUGUUACAUUUAUAUGCAAUGUUUAUGUUGUGAAAAAAUUUUGUAUUUUACUGUUGGUGUCAAUGACGUAAAGGUUGCCUAUGGACAUAACCUAUAUUAACCCCACUUUUUAAGUGGGUUACUUUACGUAUUUCGGACUAGUUUAUAGGAGUAAUUAUCACAUCUACAAUGCCCAAAGUGUUAUUUAUUGAACCUUUUUACGGGGGAUCCCACAAAACUCUCAUAGACACAUUAAUUGCCAACUUACCAUUGGAUUCAUACACACUGAUAACGUUACCAGCAAAAAAGUGGCAUUGGAGAGCCAGAUGUGGUGCCCUGAUACUUUCAAAUCUAAUUCCUAAGGUUGAUCCAGAAGAUGUUUUAUUUUGCAGUUCAGUUUUGAAUCUAACAGAACUUUUAGGACUGCGACCUGAUUUGCACCCAUUGAAAAAGGUUGUAUACUUUCAUGAAAACCAAUUGAUUUAUCCAGUUCAAGAAAUCAAAGAAAGAGAUGUACAAUAUUCCUAUAACCAAAUUAUCACCAGUUUGUCUGCAGAUGUUGUACUUUUUAAUUCAGAAUUUAACAAAAGUUCUUUUCUCAGUAAUAUUGGGAAAAUUUUAAAACUAAUACCAGAUCAUAGACCAAAAGGUCUAAGAGAACAAAUUGAAGUAAAAUCUCAAGUAUUAUACUUUCCAAUGAAGUUUCCAGUUAAGCAGCCUUCUACAAGAGAUGAUUCUUGUUUACAUAUAGUUUGGCCACACAGAUGGGAGUUUGAUAAAGGUCCUAGGGACUUUUUCGAUGCUUUGACGCAGUUAAAGGAGUGUAAUUGUAAUUUUAAAGUCUCUGUUUUGGGUGAAACAUUUUCUGACAAUCAUGAAGUUUUUACGCAAAUAAAAGAGAAUUUUAUUGAUGAAAUAGCCCAUUUUGGAUAUGUAAAGAGCAAAGAAGAAUAUUUUAAUAUUUUGAGAUCAUGUCAUGUAGUUAUUUCAACAGCAAAACAUGAAUUUUUUGGUGUAUCUAUGUUGGAAGCUGCAUAUUGUGGAUGUUUUCCUUUGGUACCAAAUAAUUUGGUGUAUCCUGAAAUUUACCCACAUAAUUGCUUAUACACAGAUGGCAAAAACCUUGUUGAAAAAUUAAAAUAUUUUUGUGCAAAUCCUAAGAUAGUUAGUAAAUUUAGCAAUGAAUUGUCAAUAGAUUUUUCUAAAUAUUCAAAAGAUACUUUAUUACCAUUUUAUUUAAAUAUUUUAGGUUUAGAUAACAAAUAAAAUAAGUAAAUAAA